AUGGGUUUAUCUGCACGUAGUGUUGGGGUGUUUAUUCUUUUGCUUUUGUUUGUUGUUGAGUCUGUUGUGUUUGCUGAUGUUAAUAAGGGAGAUGAAGAUGAGAAGUUCUUGUUUAAGCAUCGUCGUUUUGGGGAUCGUAUUGGUGGGGGUUUAGGGCAUGGGAUUUAUAGUAAAGGGUUUAGACAUGGUGGAGGUCUUGGCCUUGGUGGAGGUGGAGGUCUUGGUGGUGGUGGUGGUCUUGGCGGAGGAGCUGGUGGAGGUCUAGGUGGAGGUGCUGGUGGUGGCUUGGGAGGUGGAGGUGGCCUUGGAGGAGGAGCUGGUGGAGGUCUAGGCGGAGGUGCUGGUGGUGGCUUGGGAGGUGGAGGAUUAGGAGGCGGUGCAGGUGGUGGUGGUGGUUUAGGAGGCGGUGCAGGUGGUGGCCUAGGAGGUGGUGCAGGUGGCGGUCUUGGAGGUGGUGCGGGUGGUGGUCUAGGAGGAG